AGCCACAUGCAUGUGUUCAAGCUAAGGGGUCAUUGGAAAAUUACUUGUGGCUAGGUGGAAAAUACUUUUGAACGUAGAUAUACUGUAUAUUUACUCCCCUCGACUUCUUCAUAGGUUCACUUCUUUAUCCCAUAGUGAUAAUCCCGGCUUCCCAACUGCUAUUAGUGAUGAAGUACACAGAUUCAAAGGCUAGGAUUUGGUAGCCUAUUAUCCUCUUACCUUCACACUUUUCAAAGGUUUGGAUUUGCUAUCCUAUCCUCUUAUAUAUAUUUUUUCCCUUCUCACAUACUCAAAGUCAUCGACUUGAAGAAAUAACAAAAAAAAAGUUGAAUAUAUCCCUGCUUCUUCCAUGACAAAAAACCAAUCAGGAACAGAGAGGAUCCGACAGAAGUACGAAAUUCCAAUCUUUCUCCUUCCAUGUGUAGCUAUCAGAACCAUGAACAAGAUUAUGUAGCUAUAGUCAUGAUUCCAUUUCCAACUCAAGGCCUUGUCAAUCAACUUCUUCAACUCGCGUGUUUAAUCACCUCAUCAUAUGAUCUUCCAGUCCAUUAUGUUGGCUCUGCCACACAUAACUAUCAAGCUCGGUUCCGAGCCAAUGCCUUAAAUCCUUCAGACAUAGCCAAAAUCCACUUCCAUGACAUUCCAACUCCAGAAUUUGACUCACCUCCACCUGACUUUAAUGCCACGAGCAAAUUCCCAUCACAUCAUGUGCCGUUAUGGGAAGCAUCUUUGCUUUGGCGUGAGCCAAUUGCUUCCUUCUUGCGUGAUAUCUCCUUGAAAUCCAGAUGAGUCGUUGUUGCACAUGAUUCUUUUAUGUCCUAUAAUUUUCAGGAUGUUUCUUCCUUGCACAAUGCUGAAUCCUAUUUAUUCAAUUCCUAUGCAGCUUUCACUUUGUACUGUUAUGUAUGCUUAUUUAGUGAGAUCCCUAUCCAACUUGGAGAAGAAUUGCUUAAAAAGCUACCAUCCCUUGAAGGAACGAUACCUGAUGUAAUCAGGGACUGUUUAUUUUCUCAGCAUCCGUAUAUGGAUAUUGGAUCAGGAACAGUAUAUGUUUGGAGUGGCUGAACUAACAACCUUCGAGAUCAGUUCUUUAUGUAUCGUUUGGAACAACAACAACAUUUACCGAUAGAGAAGUCAUGGAGCUCGCGGUGGGAUUAGAACAAAGCAAACAAAAGUUCAUAUGGGUGUUAAGCGAUGCCAAUAGAGGAGAUAUCUUUACUUGGGAAGCUAGAAGAGUUGAGCUGCCAGAUGGGUUUGAGGAAAGGGUAAAAGAAGUAGGCUUAGUGGUAAGAGAAUGGGCACCACAGCCCGAAAUCUUGGCUCAUUCUUCCACAGGCAGGUUCAUGAGUCAUUGUGAUUGGAAUUCUUGCAUAGAGAGUAUUACGAUGGGGGUUCCAAUUGCUGCUUGGCCUAUGCACGCUGACCAACCAAAAAAUGGUUUCUUGGUGAGGGAAAUAUUGAAAGUAGGCCUGACUGUGAGGGAGUGGGAGAACCGCGAGAAGCUAGUAAAUGCAUCCACCAUUGAGAAUGUCGUGAAGAAGUUGAUGGCAUCAGAAGAAGGAGAUGCAAUUAGAAAAAGAGAACAAGAAUUAGGAGAAGUCGUAAGGCGCUCCACAGCGAAAGGGGGUGCUUCUCAAAUAGAGUUGGAUUCUUUUAUCGCACAUAUCACAAGAUAGACUUGGUUUUCACCAGAAUUUUCAAGUACGAGUAUUUUGAUUACCUCUCAUUUUCAUUUAUCUGUCACUUGUCUUCUUCUUGGCUCAGACUAGUUUAUACUGGCUUAUAUUUCUUUGAUCUUGGAAUGUUCAUGUCUGAAACUUUUUAUGGCUUCCAGUGUGAUUAUUGCUUUGUAUUUCUCUCUUAA